AAGUUGUUUCAUUUAAUAAAUUUGAUUCAAAAGUAAAGUUCAAAGUAGAGGCUAAAGUAGAAGCCAAAGUAGAAGCUGAAGUAGAAGCCAAAGUAAAUGCUAAAGUAGAAGCCAAAGUAAAGACUAAAGUAGAAGCCAAAGUAGAGGCUAAAGUAGAGGCUGAAGUAGAGGCUAAAGAAGCCAAAGAACUUGAGAAAGCCACAAAGACUACUCAUAUUCAAAAUAAAUAUUCAGUCUUAUAG